AUGCCCAGAUAUUGUUGUAAAGUUUUGCUCUUUUUCUGGGUUUUGAAGUUUGUCACUUCCACACUGAAAUUCCACAAGGUGUUUGAUGUUGGUAUCAUCAUCAUAGGACUCAUAACUAUGGUUUUGUGGGUUUCUCUCAUUUUGGUUCUCCUUGUGUUACACAACUCCUGCACUGUGGAAUCCAUAUUUGAGCAUCAUAGUCACAAUGAUCUGAAUGAAUCUUCUCUUGCGGCAGUCAAGUUUCCUGAUCAUGCAAACUUCAAUGCUGGUGUUUUAUCCACAGAAACUGGGUGUAGUUUCUCCAAGUCAGAGAAAUUUGAGUCUUCUGUAACGGCCAUGACAUCCAAUGAAGGCAUUGAAGGUGAAGAGGGAGGAACUUUUGUUGUAGCAGAACAGCAUACGCAAUCUGUGAAACUCAAUUUGAGACACCACUCAGUAAGCAAAGAUGCUGAGCCUAAAAAGUCUGUAGUUGAUUCUACAGUGAGGGACUUGAAGAGAAUUCAGACCCUUCACAGAAGGGUCAUGGAGAAGAAGAACCAAAACACAAUUUCAAGACUUCAGAAAGCACAAGAGCAAUCGAAGAACCCCUAUAAGCCUUCUGCAGAUGCUCCGACAGCCCCCCCGGAGUAUUUCUCUGGUCAGCUUGUGGCAACCUUGGAGUCAGGGGUCAGUCUUGGCUCUGGUGAGUACUUCAUGGAUGUAUUUGUUGGCACGCCUCCUAAGCAUUUUUCUCUGAUACUUGAUACUGGUAGUGAUCUUAAUUGGAUUCAAUGUGUUCCUUGUUAUGCUUGUUUUGAGCAAAAUGGACCAUAUUAUGAUCCUAAGGAUUCUAGUUCUUUUAAGAAUAUAACUUGUCAUGAUCCAAGGUGCCAAUUGGUGUCAUCCCCAGACCCUCCUCAGCCCUGCAAGGCUGAGACUCAAAGCUGUCCAUACUUCUAUUGGUACGGAGAUAGUUCCAACACAACUGGGGAUUUUGCACUUGAAACUUUCACUGUGAAUCUCACCACACCUAAGGGAAAGCCUGAACUCAAGCUUGUAGAGAAUGUUAUGUUUGGUUGUGGCCAUUGGAAUAGAGGACUUUUCCAUGGGGCUGCUGGAUUGCUAGGCUUGGGGAGAGGGCCAUUGUCAUUUGCUACUCAGCUCCAAUCUCUUUAUGGUCAAUCCUUUUCUUAUUGCCUUGUGGAUAGGAACAGCAAUUCAAGUGUUAGUAGCAAGUUGAUAUUUGGUGAUAACACGGACCUUCUCAGCCACCCCAAUUUGAAUUUCACUUCUUUUGUUGGUGGCAAAGAGAAUCCUGUUGACACCUUUUACUAUGUCCAGAUAAAGUCUAUCAUGGUUGGUGGUGAGGUGCUGAAGAUUCCGGAGGAGACUUGGCAUUUGUCAGCACAAGGAGGUGGGGGUACAAUCAUUGAUUCUGGCACCACUUUGACUUACUUUGCUGAACCUGCUUAUGAUACUAUCAAGGGGGCAUUCAUGAGGAAAAUCAAGGGCUAUCCACUUGUUGACACCUUUCCCCCUCUAAAGCCAUGCUAUAAUGUGUCUGGAGUUGAGAAAAUUGAGCUGCCAGAAUUUGCAAUCUUGUUUGCUGAUGGAGCUGUCUGGGAUUUCCCUGUGGAGAAUUACUUCAUCCAGAUUGAGCCUGAAGGUGUUGUUUGCUUGGCUAUUUUGGGGACUCCUAGGUCUGCACUUUCAAUUAUUGGGAACUAUCAGCAGCAGAAUUUCCACAUUUUGUAUGACAUGAAGAAAUCAAGACUUGGAUAUGCACCAAUGAACUGUGCUGAUGUGUGA